AUGGUAGAAGAAUAUUGGGUAGAAUUUUUGAAGGUUGAUGAUACAUCAAGGCUUGGACUUUUUACUAAGCUUAAAAACAUGUUGACCAAUCUUGAGCUGGACAUUGAUGAUAUAAGAGGUCGGGGGUAUGACAAUGGGUCUAAUAUGAAAGGGAAGCAUAAAGAUACUAGUAAAGAUCCUAAAACAAAGAGCGAAGCUGAGUCCUUAGCAGCAUAUGAACUUCAGAAUUUUGAGUUCUUGCUUGGCAUGGUAAUUUGGUACAAGUUAUUGCAUGCAAUCAACACUGUAAGUAAAUUUCUUCAAGCUGAAAAUAUGGAUAUUGAUGUUGCUAUUAGUCUUUUAGAAGGACUUCUUUUGUUUCUUGAUGACUAUAGAGAAUCUGGGUUUGAUAAGGCCAUGGUUGAAGCGAAAAAAAUAGCAAAUGAAAUGGGAGUUGAAGCUGUAUUUUGA